AUGGAGAAAGGAGAAAAGGGAAGAGAGAAAGCCAUAUGGGAUUGCGGCAGCUCACUCUACGACUCCUUCGAGCUAAAAUCCUUCGAGCGCCACCUCCACUCCGCCAUAUCUUCUAGAACUCUCUCCAUGCCCCACUUAUCCGACCGCCGGAUUAUUCCCCCGCCGCCACCGCACCCUUACGCCUCCAAGAAAUCAUCUUCCAAGAUUUCACGCUCGCUUCAGAAGCUACUCAAGUCCGUGUUCCGCCCCAGACAUCAUAAGUCCGCCGCCGCGUUGUCGGAGAUCCCGGAGUACGACGACAGGAUUUCGCCGGAGAUUGGGCCCUUUGUUCGGAGAACGGCCUCCGAUCGCUUCAAGCCGGCUCCGGUGGGUAUUUCCUGUGCCUGA